UUGAAUCUGUCUAAGCUCAGAUCAUGCAGUUACAUAAUCAUACAUGGGCGUUAGGAUUACAUAGAGUUACACACAUUUGCCGCAGGUGUUUUGUAUCAGCAGUUUUGAACUAUGUAAGUAACUUUCUCCUUCUCUGCCCUGACAGACCGUCUAACACAGAGGACAACGCCAUGCCAGUGUCACAGCAGGAUGUUUCCAAAUGGACCGAGGAAUGCCGCGCCACUCAGAACAUGGAAACAGUAAACGGUGCGCACAAUACCAUGAGUAAUGACGAUGAUGAUGGAUUCAACAGAAUGGAAGAGAAUAAUGACGAUGAGGAGCAGGGGGAAGAAGGAGGGUCGGGGGAAGAAGAGAGCCUUGAGGAGAGUCCUAAGAGGCAUGGUACCAAGAGGAAGAAAAUGACAAAAGCCCGACAACAGAGCUUUAAGGUCCGGCGCAUUAAGGCCAAUGAGCGAGAGAGAAACCGUAUGCACGGGCUCAAUGACGCACUUGAGAGUUUGCGUAAAGUUGUACCUUGCUACUCUAAUACUCAGAAACUUUCCAAAAUAGAAACAUUGAGGUUGGCAAAAAAUUACAUAUGGGCUCUCUCUGAGAUCUUGCAAUCGGAUGAAAGUCCAGAGUUGAUGUUGUUUGUGCAGGCUCUAUGCCAAGGACUGUCCCAGCCCACCACCAAUCUAGUGGCAGGAUGUCUGCAGCUCAACCCCAGGACGUUUUUACYAGAGCAGGCCCAGGACAUCCUGUCUCAGGUGCACCAAACAUCGACUUCAUCCUUCUCUUUGCACCCCUCCUAUCCUUACCCUAGCCCGCCGUAUGGUACCAUGGACAGCUCCCAUAUCCACCACGCCAAUCCCCACACUGUCGACAAUGCGCUUGAGCCAUUCUUUGAAACUACAUUCACAGACUGUACCAGCACCAGCCCCCGGUUCGAGGGACCACUAAGUCCACCAUUGAGCGUGAAUGGGAACUUUUCCUACAAGCACAAGUCAAUGGCGGAGUUCGACAAGAGCUAUGCCCUUUCGAUACAAUAUGCAACUCAAGGUCUGGCGGGAGUACAAUGUCUUCAUCCGUUUUAUGCAAGCUCAUCACAGUGCUUUGAUAUUCCCAUGGACAACUUUAUGUCGUAUGAGACUCAUAAGGAGAGGAUGCUGAACGCUUAGCUCAAUGUCAUAUUCCAGAAAACAUGAAACCCAUGGACAAUGAAUGCACUUGUAAAUGAUUUAUGUAUUUAUUUAUGUGUUACUACCUUUACGGGUAGAAUUAUCUUUUUUGUAUGACAUACAAUUAUACUGUUUCAUUCUUCUAUGCGAACUUCUUGAUAGAAAGAGCAAAUGAAUGUGUAUUGCCCAAUCCAAUCAUAUACCAAGAGCAAUAGUUUGGAUUCAUCAAAUAAUUGUUACAACAAACAAUAAUGGAAAUAAAAGCGUUUCUAUAUGUAUGACUUUGUUUGUGUAUUUCUCAACCAAUUACUUAUCC